UUCCCUUCUCUCAGCGUGACCAGGGCAGCGGCAGUCUGAACACAAAGUAACCCUUUUAGGCCCCACUUCUUCCACCCACCCCAAUGCCCAGACUAGUGCCAACAACACAGCAGAGAAGACUGAAACUGCAUCAGACAUCUGCCUCCCCUGGUGCAUCUGAAACCGGGGAACAUGUAUCCCAAACCCUGCUCUCCCACUGCCUGGGUUCCUCUGUGAAGAUCCGCAAGUCAUCUAACUGGACUAUAUCUGUCUUGAUAUUGACUUCAUUGCUGUUGUUGCCACGUGAGCAGGACAAUAUGAGUGGAGAGAGGGAAACAUUGAUGGAUGAAAUGGAACAGAGUUUAUACACUUUAACCAAGGACAAUUUACGCUGCCUGUGUGAACGCAGUGGAAUAGGUGGCAAGGAUGGCUCCGAUGUUCAAGGAGAGAAUCCCCAUCGCUCAUUGUGCCGUAAAAUCCUAGAGGAACUUUGGGAAAAUGCAGAUUCAAUGGAAUCGGAGGAGCAGGGAAUGUCUUGGUUACUCCAACUGAAAGAGGACAUCAGAAAUAUACAGGAGGAUGGUAUCGGUACACCUUUGAGUCCCAGCCAAUCCAUUGAUGAUGAUGCUGUAGACUGUGAUGAAGAAGGGAACCAGAAGGACAUUGAUUGGUUACCUAGCAAUAGUCUGGAGGGGGAACCCAUGAGUCCCGGCCAAUCAUUUGAUGACGAGGAUGCUGCAGACUGCGAUGAAGAAUGGAAUGAGGAGGACAGGGAUUUGUUGCCUAGCAAAGGCCUGGAGGUGGAGCCAGCUCCAGAGAGACACACACCAGAGCAGAGGGAGAAGAGAGUGAGUGGGGCCCCCUCUCUGUCCUCUCCUGGUAAUGCCUUACUGCUGGGUCUGAAGAGGGUGUCUGUGCUGCUGGUCGACUGCAGGAAAACACCAGGGUUGAGAGGAACUGCUGGAGGAGGAGACGAGGAGGAGGAAGGAGACGUGAUUCAUCAAAGAGAGAGACGUGGCAACCAUGGAUCUUCUGAGGAGCCUCAACAACAACCUCAUGCUGACAACACAGACUGGAGUCUGCCCACAUCAAAACACCUCAAUAAACAACCGCAGAGACAUACAGGGAAGAAACCACACCACUGCUGCUCUGAGUGUGGGAAGACUUUCGCUUGUCCAGCGACACUCAAAAUGCACAGAAUAAUCCAUACGAGAGAGAAACCUUACCGCUGCUCACAGUGUGGGGAGACUUUCAGUCAAAAAAUGACUCUUAAGAUUCACGAGCAGAUCCACACUGGGAAGAAACCUCACCACUGCUCUGACUGCGGAAAGAGUUUCAGUGUUUUAUCAAGCUUGAAAAUCCAUCAAAGCACCCACACCGAAAAUAAACUAUUCCAAUGCUCCAAGUGUGGGAAAGGUUUUGCAAACAACCACUAUCGAAAAAUACAUGAGAAAAUGGUACAUGAGCCUCCCGCAGAAAGGUCUUAUCACUGCUCUGACUGCGGGAAGAGCUACAGUUUUUUAUCAACCUUCAAAAACCAUCAAAGAAAACACACAGGAGAGAAACCAUUUCAAUGCUCCAAGUGUGAGAAAAGUUUUGCUCAGAAAUCCACUCUAAAAGCCCACGAGCAAACACACAUGCCUGCUGCAGAAAGGCCUUACCAAUGCCUAUUCUGCGAGAAGAAGUUUUGUAUUUCGGCAUCCUUUAAUUUCCAUAUGAGAAUGCAUACUGAAGAAAAACCAUUCCAAUGUUCCGUCUGCGGAAUGCGGUUCAUUCACGCCAGUUUACUGAAAGCACACAAACAUAAACACAAGCCCACUGCCGAAAGGCCCUUCCACUGCAAUAAAUGUGGAGCGUCUUUUACUACAAAAGGUAAUCUUAAAUUUCACCAGCUGACCCACGACCGGGGGGAGAGAACUUACCGCUGCUCUGAGUGUGGGCAUUGUUUCUCUCAUCCGAUAUAUCUGAAGAAACACCAGAAAAGGCACAGUAAAGAGAAGUCCAUUGUCUGCGACCUGUGCGGGAAGACCUUCAACCAUCCAAGCAACUUCAGAACGCACAUGAAGAUACACCAAGGAGUGAAACCGUACCACUGCUCUGACUGUGGCAGGAGCUUCAUAUUCCGCCAAGGUUUAACAACACACCAGCGUGUGCACACCGGAGAGCUGCCUUACGUCUGCGAUCAAUGUGGAAAGAGGUUUUCUCAGUACAAUUCUUUGGUGAUUCACCAGCGAACACACACCGGGGAGAAACCUUACCCAUGCUUUGUCUGUGGGAAGAGCUUCAGUCGGUCACAAAACCUGGCUGCACACAAGAGAACUCAUACUGGAGAGAAGCCUCACGCCUGUGAUCAGUGUGGGAAGAGGUUUUCCCGAACCGACGCACUGGCUGUACACAAGCGCACCCACACCGGAGAGAAGCCUUACAGCUGUGAUAUAUGCAGGGAGAAGUUCACCUAUUUAGUAGCCAUGUUGAAACAUAAGAAAGGACAUGGUCAUCCUGCAGGUGAUGUACUCUGUGCUGAAUGGCCUCAGGACGAUUCCAGCUCUGUCUAUGAAUAGAGAUGAACUUUGUUUAACUUACAGAAGACAUCAAUUUGUUGUUAUACUUACAAUCUAACCCCCAGAGAGAGAGAGACACAAACACUCACACACACACAGAAAAACCCAGAGGGCGGCAGGUAGCCUAGCGGUUAAGAGCGUUCGACCAGUAACUGAAAGAUCGCUCAUUCGAAUCCCUGAGUCUGCAAAUGGUAGAAGAAAAUCUGCUGUUCUGCCCUUGAGCCAGCCAGUUAGCCCCCAACAACAACUGCUCCCUGGGCACAUAUGAAGUGGAUUAAGGCAGCCCGCCGCACCUCUGUGAUUCAGAGGGGUUAAAUGCAGAAGGUUGAAGGCAUUUAGUUGUGCAACUGGCUAGUUAUCCCUAAUUUCCUUUCCACCCAGAGGAGUUGGGAGCACAGAGUGGUUUUUGAGAGUGGUUACUAUGAUUUUUGAGAGUGGUUACUGUGGUUUUUGAGAGUGGUUACUGUGGUUUUUGAGAGUGGUUACUACGGUUUUUGAGAGUGGUUACCACGGUUUUUGAGAGUGGUUACUACGGUUUUUGAGAGUGGUUACCACGGUUUUUGAGAGUGGUUAUAUGUUUCCUCCGCAUUGGACUGAAUCACAAAACAAGGAUUUGUGGCUUUAAAUUGUCUGAAAUCACAGUGUUGUGUUUUAUACAUACACACCUGACAGGUUUAGGAUCAGGUUCUCCUCCCCAAAUCCUAUUACUAAGCAUUAUUGGCGAAAAUGCUACAAGAUCAGCAUCUAGGGGCAACUUCACCCAACACUUGCCCCUUCCCUGGGGGCUGUUUCAGAUGGCAGAUUCAUUGAGUUACUGUCCUAAAUAUUCUGAAGUAUCUUUUUUUUGUGGACAAAUUUAGACUUGAAAUUGGCACGGUGUCAUUAACUUGAAACCAGCAGCACAUAUUCAUGUUUAGCUUUCAAAAUAAACCCCUGAUUUAAGAGAUCAAAGGGUUUAAGUUAAGGAUCCUGGUCUCUGUAACACCCCACAGCUCACAGUCACAGUAAUGCACGAGUCAAUUCCACCGUGCCAAUUUCAAGUCCUUAUAUUCCUUUACCAAUAUGGCUAAGUUAUUUCAGAAUAUUUAGGACUAAAUAUGUUGCCAUGGUAACUUAAAUCUUCAUGCAGAUCUCAUGUGAGCAUUUGAGAUAAAUUCCUUUAUUGCAAGACAUCAAUUAAAUCAAUUAUAAUCAAUUAUCAAUUAAACUAACCAGGAUAAAAUGUGAAGUUUAAAGGUGUAAUUAAAUGAAAAGACAUGUCUUAUCUGAAAUCUGUUUUAUAGGUCACAAGUGAAAUGAUGUUCUAGGUAACCUGUGUAGCCUAGUUCUAGGGCAUGUUAAAGCCCUAGACUACAGUCUUCUUGAUUCUAUAUGUUUGUAUAAAUAUGUUGUUAUAUACAUUGUUUAUGUAAGUAGAGAACAGUAGUAGUAGUAGUACAUAUACAGGUAAAAUAGAGGAAACAGCAACAUGAAGCUUUGCGGCCACCAGAACAUCUUGACUGCACCUUGGCAUAGAUUCUACAAAUGUCUGGAACUCUAUUGGAGGGAUGCGACACCGUUCUUCCACCAGAAACUACAUCAUUUGUGUUUUGUUGAUAGUUGUGGGAAAACGCUCUCUCAGGCGCCACUCCAGAAUCUCCCAUAAGUGUUCAAUUCGGUUGUGAUCUGAUGACUGACACACACACACACUUUAAACCCCCCGUCCUCCUUGGAGACCCCUCUAUCAAAGUCACAGAGAUCUCUUGUAGCCAAAAUAAUGUUCAUUUUUAUAUGAUGUUAAUUAACUCAGAACACCACACCUGCGGAAGCACCUGCUUUCUAUAUACCUGGCCGUGUUUAGUGUUUCCUUUAUUUUGGCAGUUACCUGUAUAUAUCAGAGAACACACACACAUAUGUAUGCAUUGCACCACAAAUGCAUGUACACGCAACCACACACGCAAACAUGCAUGUAUGCACAUACAUGCAGACACAAUUAAAGAAUGAAAGCACAUGGCAAAAGACAGCUCAUAAUUACUGAUAACAAUUCUGUGAUGAACAAGCUUUUAUUUGUAUUUUACAUUGCUUAAACAUACUUAGAAUUACAUUGUUUAUAUUGUGACUGAAAUAAUUUCAAAUACUUUAUCUGGGCUUAAUUGAGUUUGACUGGCGUGAACUGACAUUGUGUAUAUGUAUACAUUUCAGCAGGCUUACAUUAAAUAAGAUGAGGAGUGUAA